UUGUUUUGAGGGAUACGUUUGUGAUAAGAACGUCCUCAUUUUGCACACUGGGGUCCCAAGCCUGAGUAGGACGAAACUAAUGACAAACUCUACAAACACAGAGGAUACAUUGUGGGCCAGGAUCAAUGGAUUUCACAAGCAACUGGCUUGAACUCAGAACAGAAGUUACUUAAUUUUCAUUAAUAUUCCUAGAAAGAUGUGAUCUGUCAGAGGGGUGGCAGCUGAUAUCUCUAAUAAUGGAUUUUAGCAGAGGGGGCCUCUGGGGUGUAAAGGUUAAGGAACCGGUCUGCACUGUCCUAAAGACAAACACAUUUGCUAGCCUUGAGUAAAGUCCACUGGUGAUCACACAGUGGCAGAAGGGAUUGCCUGAAAUAGCUUGGCAGCAGCAUAACAGACAGAAAAGACAAAACACCCCAGAUUCAGUGCAUCACCCUCAGGCAGAGAUCGUGAGAUCAUGGAUCUUCUACACAGUUGGGGGGUUGAGCUGGCGUCCCAUUUGCAGACCAAAUACAGCAGUUAUGAGGGCUUGUUUAGCCUGGCGUCCACAGUGGCUGACCUGCACACUACAUUCUUCUGCUUCUUCCCAAUCUGGUUCCACCUUCGGAGGGACACGGGGCUCAGACUCAUCUGGGUGGCUGUCCUCGGAGACUGGCUCAACUUGGUCCUGAAAUGGGUUCUGUUCGGGGAGAGACCGUACUGGUGGGUUCACGAGACCCGGUACUAUGGAAGAGAACCGGCCCCUUCGCUGCGGCAGUUUCCCAUCACAUGUGAGACUGGACCAGGAAGCCCUUCAGGUCAUGCUAUGGGUGCAGCUGCGGUCUGGUACGUGAUGGUAACAGCGCUGCUCUCUAUUGCAACAGAGAAGCGAUGCCCCCCGUUACUAUACAAAUUCUUGCAGAUAGUCCUGUGGAUGCUAAUGGGCCUUGUAGAGGUGGUGGUCUGUAUGUCCAGAGUCUACAUGGCUGCCCACUUCCCACACCAAGUCAUAGCUGGGGCUAUUACAGGUUUACUUGUAGCUGAGUUUGUCUCAAAGCAUAAAUGGAUCUAUAAUGCCAGCAUGAAGAAAUACUUCUACACUACUCUCUUCUUGACUUCCUUCGCUGUUGGCUUCUAUCUCCUGCUCAAAACUCUGAAUGUGGACCUGCUGUGGACCAUGGCGAAAGCCCAGAAGUGGUGUGUGAGGGCAGAGUGGGUCCACCUGGACACCACGCCCUUCGCCAGCCUACUGCGUAACAUGGGUACCCUGUUUGGCCUGGGCCUGGGCCUGCACUCACCCCUCUACACAGAGUCCAAGAAGAAGAAAACAAGUGCCAGUUUCAAGGCAGGAUGUAUUAUUGUCUCCUUAUUUCUGCUUCAGCUGUUGGAUGGAUGGACAUUUUCUUCUGAAAAUCUUCUGACUUUCUAUUUCCUGUCGUUUAGUAAAAGUGCAGUUGCACUUUUAAUCCCAAGCACUCUGGUUCCCUGGGCUCUCUGCUGGAUUGGCAAGGGAAAGAGAGAAGACAAGAACCUGUGAUUCAAGACCAACUUGUCUUUUAAAGUCAAUUGUUAGUUUAAUGUUUUUAUAUUUUGUGGGAGUGUUUCUUUUCAUGUUUAAUACAUAAGGACUUCAACUUUUAGAACAAUUUCCCUGAAGUUACUGUACUGGCCAGACAGGUACAAGGAAUGUGUACUGUUCAAUGAAUGCCCUCCCCCACUUGGCGGCACCCCUACAUUCUGCAAUCAGAUUCAGUGUUUUAAUUUUGUCUAUUCAGCCUUCAAGGUCUUUCAGUGUUGACUGCUCUGUCUGAUUACGACAACUGUUUUUCUCUCCAAAGAAAAAGCUCUGCACAAGUUGCACACAAGUUAAUGUCAAAAUGAGUUCAUAUGUGUAGAAACAUUUUUUAUUCAAAUGUAGUCAGCAUCUCAGCAAACAGCAGUGCUCAAUCUAUAGAUGAAAAUAUUGUUAGAAAUUUAAAUAAAGACAGUUUUUUUUAACCAUU